AUUCUCUAAUUAUUGUCAAAGCUCGGCAAAUUAAUUGACCUCAUCUUGGAAAACAUUUUACGAUAGCUUGAUGCUAGUCUCCUCAGCCGAUGAUUAUAUUUCUGGUUUUUGAUUAAGAACAUAAGUUCAGUGCGAUAAAUUAAUUCUAAUACUGAAUUCCAUUCAACUUCUUCCGUUUUCUUAUUUUAAUCAAAUGAGAUAAUCUGUGGUUGGUCCUGAUUAUCAAAUGAAUAAUUCAAGUUGGUUUUCGGUUUAGUCAGUUUAGUUUAAUAUAAAUCCAAAAGAUGGCCGCUACUUCUUUGUUCACUGGUACUCCAUCUGGUCAAUAUUCAUCAUGUUUUCUCUGGUUUCCGUCUUAUUCUGAAUUCAGUGAUUUUUAUCAUUGAAUUUUGAAGUUUUCCGGUGAAAUUAAGUCAUGGUGUGAUAGCCUGUCUUUCAUUUAAAAGGUGUUCACACAUUAAUCAAUAUGUGUCUAUCAAUUCUAGCAGUAUUAUGUUUCAUCUUAACCUCAGUUUCAUCCAAUCGUGUUAUUGAGCUUAACGAGAAAUUUUUGGAUAUUUACAAAAGAGAUGGGGCCAAUCCAUGGCUGGUCAUGUUUUACGCUCCUUGGUGUCAUCAUUGUAAACAGUUAGAACCAACUUACGCGUUGGUUGCCCAAUCGAUUCACAAUGAAGACAUUGGAGUCUUAGUCUCGAGAGUUGAUUGUACAAAAUACACAUCAGUGGCCACUCAUUUCAGUGUUCGAGGUUUUCCAACAAUCCUCUAUAUUCACAAGAAUCGUAUUGUCGAGUUCUUAGGAGACAGGACACGAGAAGAUAUUAUCGAUUUUGGAAAAAGGCUCACUGGGCCACCUUCUCGUCCUAUAAAAAAUUGCAAAGAUGUUGAUAAUCUUCGAAAAAAGCAUCAAGUGAUUGUAGUUCAUUUUGGACCAAAUCCGGUUUGGUCGAAUUUCUCUGAAGUUGCUGAAUCCCUUCAUUCAUCCACUUGGUUUUACCACUCACCUUCAUCAUGUGAAAAAUAUUCAGAUAAUUCUAUUUAUAUACUUAAAUCUUCAAGUUUAGGUCAAGAGAUGGACUUGAAAUAUGAAAACAAAAGUGAUAAUUCAUUGAAAGAAUGGGUCUAUUCUAAUAAAUUUCCUCAUUUCGUGAAGAUUUCUCACGCCAACCUUAAUCAGUUAUUACGUUCAGGUAAAUUAUUGGUGAUUGCCAUCGUUGAAGAGGUUAAAUCAAUUGGCAGACUAGCGACACAACAACAUGUCGACUUUAAAAAUAUGGUAGAAAACAUUGCUCAUUCUUUUGAUGAUCAGGACAAAUUUGUUUUCUGUUGGACAUCUUUUGUUGAUCUCAUCAAUUCCAUUGCCAUGCAUACAAUUUCACCGAUUCCAAAUCUGAUCAUAAUCAACUCAACAACUCUAGAAUACUUUAGAGUUGACGGUGAGCCUAAUUCACAAAAUAUUCUUAAUCUACUCAAAGGAAUCAGUGAUGGCGAUAUAAAUUUACGACCCUCAGGAGGAGAUGGAUAUCACCACAGGCUAAUUAGAUGGGCUUAUGAUGGAUAUAGCUCAUUGACAAAUAUGUAUAAGGGAAAUCCAAUUCUAACAUUACUAGUCUUUGGUCUUCCGAUGAUCUUUUUAUCAAUCAUUUUGUAUUCUUCAUGCUGUUCCGAUGUAUUUGAAGCACGGGAGGAAGAUGAUGAAGAUGAAGAAGACUCCACUCAUAAUAAACAGGAUUAGGAUAUUACCUUUUCUAAAAUAAAUAAUUUAUGUAAUCUCAAAACGGGUGUUUAUUCCAUUGGCGUUACUUUUCUGUCACUUUUAACAAUUACUAUUUUAUUAACUUAAAUUAGUGAUCGUAAAAUCGUGAAGAUAGUAAUAGUUCCAUUAAUAAGAUGAUUAAAAUCCAAUGUUCCCACCCAA